CUUGUACGAUGGGUUCCGUUUUUUAAUCAGACGUUGAGGAAAGAGUUGGAGUAUUAUGCAGAGUUCCAGGAUAAGCUAAGGGGUUACCUUGGAAAUGACAAGGCAAAUGAGAUUUUGAGAGAGGCACUGCAUCUCAUAAGCAUAGGAACAAAUGACUUCCUAGAGAACUACUACAUGUUACCAGGGAAAUCAUCCCAGUAUACUGUCGUGGAGUACCAGAACAUCCUUCUAGGGAUCGCCAGAAAUUUCAUUACAGAGCUUCAUCGACGAGGAGCUCAAAAGAUUACUAUAACUGGGCUUCCCCCGAUGGGUUGCUUACCUCUCGAGAGAGCCACAAACAUAUUCUUCGGGAGUAACUGCAAUGAAGAGUACAAUAAUGUGGCUAAGGACUUCAAUGAAAAGUUGAGUGGAGCAGUAACAGACCUUAACAAGGAUCUUCCCGGGAUCCAACUGGUGCUUUCCAGUCCUUAUGAGAUGGUAAUGGAAAUGAUUGACAAUCCCACUUCUUUCGGAUUCAAAAAUGCAGCAAUGGCAUGUUGUGGCACUGGACUGUUCGAGAUGGGUUACAUGUGUAACAAAAGAAAUCCUUUUACUUGUUCAGAUGCAAGAGAGUACAUUUUCUGGGAUUCCUUCCACCCAACAGAAAAAGCAAACCGGAUCGUGGCUGAUUAUGUUGUCAAACAUUUCCUAGCUGCAUUCAAGUGAUAGAAAAGACGCAUGUGCUCAAUAUAUUUAUUCAAGUACAUUCAG